AACAGCCUGGAGAAUAUAUAAAAGCACGGCACCCUGGUGCAGAAGUGCAGAGCUUGGGCACAGAACACAUCCAAAGUUCCCAAGUGGGCUCCUUCGUCUGCACCUGCUCACCUGCUCUCCGCUCAGUCACAGCAGCAGGCAGAAAAAAAAAUGAAGAACAUUUACAUUGUGGCUGGAUUUUUUGUAAUGCUGGUGCAAGGCAGCUGGCAGCAUUCCCUUCAGGACACGGAGGAGAAAUCCAGAUCAUUCCCAGCUUCCCAGACAGACCCACUCGAGGACCCUGAUCAAAUAAAUGAAGACAAGCGCCAUUCACAGGGAACAUUCACCAGUGACUACAGCAAAUACCUGGACUCCCGCCGAGCCCAAGAUUUUGUGCAGUGGCUGAUGAACACCAAGAGGAACAGGAACAACAUUGCCAAACGCCACGAUGAGUUUGAGAGGCACGCUGAAGGGACCUUUACCAGCGAUGUGAGCUCUUACUUGGAGGGCCAGGCUGCAAAGGAAUUCAUUGCUUGGCUGGUGAAAGGCAGAGGAAGGCGGGACUUCCCAGAAGAAGUCACCAUUGUUGAAGAACUCGGCCGCAGACAUGCGGACGGCUCCUUCUCCGAUGAGAUGAACACGAUUCUCGAUAGUCUUGCCACCAGGGACUUCAUCAACUGGCUGAUUCAAACCAAAAUCACUGACAAGAAAUAAGUGUGUCAGCAUUCACAACCAUCUUCACAACUUCUCCCGCCAGUCACCUGGGAUGUAGAUUUAAGUUCUAUACAUUUAAGAGCUAUAUUUUUGAAGCUGCAUUGCUUUGCAUGUGGAUGAAUACAUUUCCCUUUAGCAUUGUGUAGCCAAAAGAUUGUAAAUGAAAUAAAGUAUUUCCAGGAUGUUGAUAAGAUAACAACUUCACGAUAUGAAAGUGCUGGAUUCACAUUUUCCCUCUCAUUUUAAAGGUCCCACCCUGUUUAUGUGUAGCAGCGAGAUUAUUCUUCUGUGAUAUAAAUUGUAAAUCAUUAUUACAGUCACGACACCUGCAUUGUAAUAACAGAAGACAUGACAGCCUGGUAGCCGCAGUGGUGAACCUGGAGAGAGAGCUUCUUCCUUGAGUCCUUUAUCAUAAAUGCACUCAGCUUUCAAUGUAUCGGGGAUAGAUUUAAAUAAAGAUUCCAUCCUUCUUUA